UCCUAACCUGACAGUGCUGUCGUCACCAUUACCUCUCAACUUGGUAGCUCAAUAUUCAUUUAUGUUACUCUUAACCAAUUCAACCUCUUAACUGCCAACUGUUUUCUUAAAUUUAUUGAUUAAUUUAGUUUGUAAUUUAGUCCAAAUCUAACCAAAUUUAACCAUGGCUAGUCCAAGGACAAGGCGGAUACUUCAAGAACUGCGUCCAACUAAUGAUAAUAAUAGUUGUUUUGAAUGUGGUGCUCUCAAUCCACAAUGGGUCAGCGUCACAUAUGGAAUAUGGAUCUGUUUAGAUUGCUCAGGGAAACACCGGGGACUCGGAGUUCAUUUGAGUUUUGUUCGUUCAAUCACUAUGGACAAAUGGAAGGAUAUUGAAUUGGCUAAGAUGAAAGCUGGUGGUAAUAAAAAAGCAAAGGAGUUUCUUUCCAGUCAACCUGAUUGGAACCCUUCUAUGCCACUGAGUGAAAGAUAUAACUCAAAAGCUGCUGCUCUGUAUCGUGAUAAGAUCGCCACAGAAGCUGCUGGUAAAAGUUGGUCCAUUGAAUCUUCAACAGCAAAAGACUAUGUUUCGCGAGUCAUUCCUAGUUUCUCGUCAAGUUCGGCUUCCAAUGCAUCUAAAAAUAGCGGAAAACAGUCAUCUUGGGAUGAAGACGAAUGGGCUGCAAGUAGCUACCAAAGUUAUAAUCAUGAGAAUGUAUCUCGUCAGAAGGAACAAUUUUUUGCUAAAAAGCAACAAGAAAAUGCUUCUAGACCUGAUGAUCUCCCGCCUAGCCAAGGAGGAAAAUAUUCCGGGUUUGGUUAUAGUGCCCAACCUCCAAGAAGCCAAUCUGAUUACGGUUUGGAUUCAUGGGGUUUCUCAAUAUCUUCACUAUCCUCAAUCGCAAGUACAGCCACCAAAGUAGCGUCAAAGGCGUCUGAAAACGCUUUGAAAAUUGGUUCGAUUGCUUCACAAAAAGCUGCUGAGAUUGCUGGAACUCUAAAUGAAAAGGUGAAAGAAGGUUCUUUAGUUGACUCAUUACAGAAUCAAGCAACAACGAUUGGCUCUAAGGUAGUUGAUGUUUCCAAAAGAGGAUGGACAGAUUUGUCAACUCUUUUCAACCAGAAAGCAUCUCUCUACAGUGAUCCUAAUUCUGAGAGCAAUGAAUAUGAUUAUGGAACUGGAGAUCAGGGUGGAAGCUAUCAAGAGGGUUAUAAAGAAGAUAACUGUGAUUAUAGAAAUGAAGGUGUUGGAAGGAAGGAAUCGUCAAGUCUCUUAUCAACUUCUAAGUCUACACCCAAUGUCCAACAACUAAGUAGUAGCAGUAACAAUCAAUCUACCACCAAUUCAACGGCUUCGAAGACAGUUAAUAUCAGCAAGGAAGAGAAAACAUUGAUCAACUUUGGCGAAGGUAGUUCAAAUAAGAAAAACUCCAAGAAAACAGAAGAAGAUGAUUUCUGGGAACUUCUCAAUGACAGUCCUAAAGCUUCUAGUAAAAAGAAUUCAAGAAGAAAGUAAUAUACAACUAUGAAUGUUAACAUCACAAUUCAAACAAAUCCAACAAGAAAAAAUGAUUUUAUUUUUAUUGCUCGCUUAAAUUUUUCAUCUACAUAAAAUUCCAUGCCUUUCCGUCUGGCUAAUACAAAGAUUGUUAAUUUUAAAUUAAGAAUAUUAUGCCACUAUUAUGGGGCCAAAUCUCAAACUAAUUCUCGCGUUUCCUGAGUAUUAAAGAUGUGCUGAUAAAAAUUUA